GUCAUCUGAUCGUGGCUGCACGACCGCACGGGUCUAAUCCGGUGCAACGGGGUACCGUCUCAUUAUCUGUGAGAAGCUGAUGUUAUACGAUCAUGAUUAAAUCAUGUCUUGGACUCCUGCUAAAUGCGAAAUCACGAAUGGAAAACAGCCCUAGACGACACUUUGAUUGCACGCUCAAAUUCACGCAGACUUCACCAUGCUACGCGUCGUCGCUCACUGCGCGGAGGAGAUCUGCCCCACACGGCACGCUAAUGCCGUUAGUAAGCUGGGCUCCACAACUUUUUCUGAGGAAAACUCGCUGCAGGAAAAGUUCGACUUCAACAUUCUCGUUGUUUACCCCAAAUCAAUAUGUCAGACACCGAUAUGAGUUCAGCGGAGGAAGUCGUGAAAGUUGUUGUAAAGGAGAAGAAGGAGAAGAAGGAUAAAUCAGCGAAGAAGGCAAAGAAAGACAAGAAGGAAAAGAAAAGCUCGAAAUCCAAGGUCGAGAUCGGUUCAGACUCUGACAACGAAGCCGCCGAGACACCAGCGAAGAAGCGCAAGCGCGAAGCCUUGCCGGACGAAAUCGUAGUCGACGUUGGCCUCCCUGAGCCAGCGUCAAAGAAAGCUGCUCGCGCUGCGAAAAAGGCGAAGCUGAACCCUAAGCCAGCUGGUGCUGGUGACAACUCGUCUGCAGAUGCAACCACCGACGGUGCUGUCGGUGAAGCGAAAAAGGGGGAGGAGAAACGGUCAGAGUUUGGAGUUUGGGUUGGCAAUCUUCCUUGGUCUGCCACCAAGGAUUCGUUGCGCAGCUUUAUAAUGGAGAAUUCCGAGAUCAAGACAGAGCAGAUCACUAGAGUGCACAUGCCUCCCUCCACAAAGCCUGUCCCUGCGCACUGGACGACCAAACCCAACAACAAGGGUUUUGCAUACGUUGACUUCUCGACCGAACUCGCCAUGUACGCGUGCAUCGCGUUGACCGAGACCAAGAUGGACGGCCGAGCGCUACUUAUAAAGAACGCAAAGAGCUUUGAAGGCCGACCUGAUAAACCAAAGGCGGAGGUGGAAGAGUCUGGUUCUGGUGGUCGUGGGAAGGUCGUGGGCAAGCCGGGCGGUCACCCACCAAACAAGCGUGUUUUCGUUGGUAAUCUCUCAUUUGAUGUGGCCAAAGAGGAUCUCGAGGCUCACUACGCCCCUUGCGGGUCGGUCGAGAACAUACACAUGGCGACUUUCGAAGACUCUGGAAAGUGCAAGGGUUAUGCCUGGGUCACAUUUGGAGACGUCGAAGCCGCUACCUGCGCUGUUCAAGGGUUCGUUAUGAAAACCGAGGCUGAUGUCAAAGCCAUGAAGAAGAAGAACACAGAGGGUUCGGAUGAUGAAGAGACCGAGGUGAAGAACCCGACCAAGAGGAGGAAGUGGCUGCUGAACAAGCUAAACGGCCGAGAGAUGCGUUGCGAGUUUGCUGAAGACUCCACAACACGCUACAACAAGCGGUAUGGCAAGGAUAAGCCAGCUGCGCCCGUUGACGGCGUAAAUCCAGAUCGCUGGAAGAACUUUGGUGGCGAUGGUGACAGGGCAGGUGGCAGGAGAGAGCCAAGAGAGCCUCGCGCGCCACGUCCCCCUAAAAAUGGGCCCAAUAGUGUUCAGCCUGGCAAGAAGGUUGACCCUAGGUCGAUCAAGAGUGGUUCUGCGCACAUGAACGCUCAAAGAGCCAGUCAAGCGAUCGUGGAAGGCCAGGGCAAGAAGACCACGUUCUAGUAAGCACGUAAAGCAGCCUCGUGUAAUUGUAGACGGCACAGUCUGCGCAGCGUCGAGUGUGACUGCCCGACUUGGGAGGUUGCUGCACUUGGACU